CUCCCCACCAUUUCCAAACACAUUUCACUCGUGUUAACCACCCACCCAGCGCACGUUAGCCUCACGCCAUGGCCACCACAACAGCCGCAGCCGCGUCCACCUUCCUCGGCACCCGCCUACAGAAAUCGCAGGCGAAUGGCGGGAGAUUCCAAGCGCGGUUCGGGUUCGGAGGGAAGAAGGCAGUGAAGAAAUCCGGGUCCAAGCCGACUUCGGAUCGGCCGCUCUGGUACCCGGGUGCGAAGGCGCCGGAGUGGUUGGACGGGAGCCUGGUCGGAGACUAUGGGUUCGACCCGUUCGGGCUUGGAAAACCCGCUGAGUACUUGCAGUUCGAGCUCGACUCGUUGGACCAGAACCUGGCGAAGAACCAAGCGGGCGAUCUGAUCGGGACACGGUUCGAGACCUCCGACGUGAAAUCCACGCCCUUCCAGCCCUACACUGAGGUCUUUGGCCUGCAGCGGUUCCGUGAGUGUGAGUUGAUACACGGGCGCUGGGCCAUGCUCGCCACCCUCGGCGCUCUCGCAGUCGAAUCUCUCACUGGUGUGACAUGGCAGGAUGCUGGGAAGGUAGAGCUGGUGGAUGGGUCUUCCUAUCUGGGACUUCCACUUCCAUUCUCCAUGACUACAUUGAUAUGGAUCGAAGUUCUUGUAAUUGGCUACAUUGAGUUCCAAAGGAACGGUGAGCUCGACCCGGAAAAGCGGCUCUACCCCGGCGGUAAGUUCUUCGACCCACUCGGCCUCGCCUCUGAUCCUGAGAAGAAGGCCUCCCUCCAAUUGGCUGAGAUCAAGCACGCCCGCCUCGCCAUGGUUGGAUUCUUGGGCUUCGCCGUGCAGGCGGCCGUCACCGGCAAGGGUCCACUCAACAACUGGGCCACUCACUUGAGUGACCCACUUCACACCACCAUCAUUGAUAACUUCUCCUCCUAAAAGAGUCUUUUCUCCCUCUCUUCUCAUCUACAUCUCAUGCACUCUUUCUUGCUUGCUUUGGUUCUCCCACUAAACUGCGCUAUUACUUUGUAUCUGCAUUUUGUAAAUCAGUAAAACGUUGGACAUUUCUAGGCCUA